CCUGCACUGGCCCUCUCCCUCACGUCCUCUACCUCCUUCCAUAUUUGCCUACGGAUCUCACCAUUUCUCCGAUCAGGAAAUGCAUUAAACCACAAUAAGAAACCUCACCAUGAUUAUGGAAUUGAAGUUAUGUACAAGUUUGCGCUUGAUUCGGACCUUUUGAGAGGUCGAUUAAUUUCUGACUCUUCUUCGAUCUUGGGCAGGUUUUGGCAGAUUUUCCACCAAUCGAUAUACAGAGUAUUGCUCGGUCAUAAAGAGAGAAAGAUAUUGAGCUGCCUGUUAGUGGAACUGUGGAAGAACUAUGGUUCACGCAUUUUCCCUAUUCUUAAAAGGAAAUCUGGUAGACAAGUUGCGAAAGAGUAUGUAUGUUAGUGAUUUGAUUCUAAAAACUUGAAACAUAACUAGUUUAUGCAGCGGGUAUGAGUGAGAGGCAAUCGUCUAGAAGAGGAAGAGAUAUUCCAGUUCACCAUGGUUCAGGUUUGUUCCCCGCCAUUUGUUUUCCCUUGUAGAAUGGACCACCUAGAAGAAGUUUGAUUCAUUUUUCAUUGUUGGUAGAGUGAACAUAGUUGAGUGAAACGUGAAUUUAUAAUUUUGCAGAGAUUUGUUUGUACAUAUCUGAGUCCUGUAAUAUAGUAAGC